UGCCAAUAAAACAUGACGUCCAACCGCCUAAUGAAUGGCAAUAUCAGAAUAAAUCUCAGCCAUCCCAUGAAUACAUCAGGACUGAUGUAUACAAUCCUAUUGCAGCAAGCAAUGAACGAAUUCGAAUAGCCAAAUACGCAUGUAAACGUUUGAAUAGUAGUCGACAUCGUAUGGUAGCAAAGCAAUUUUUUAUUUCUCAAAAAUAUCACUUUAUGUUCAAUAAUAUUCCUAAAGUGGCAUCCACAACAUGGAGGGAACUUCUAUCCUACGCAGACGAGGACUGUCGUAAAAACAAACCAGCCCCACCUGCAGCUGAUAUCAACGACUACACAAAAGUAGUUUUCUUCCGGGAACCUUUAGUACGCCUUGUGUCAUGUUACUUCAGUAAGUUCCAUAUAUCGUCUAGUUUUUCUCCUAUUUAUGAAAAAGAAUUUCGCUAUUACAUCUUGAAAAUUAGAGCCGCUGGAAUAAAUCUACUGCGCAUGCCUGGGCAUCCGUGGAAAAGAUUGAACGUGACAUUUAGUGAGUUUGUACAAUUUGUGAUCAAGUAUGGUAAUCGAAAAUUAAGAUACUCAAAACAUUGGAAGCCCCAGUAUACUAUAUCCGACGUGUGUUCAAUCGAUUAUGAUUUUAUUGGUCAUUUUGAAGAACUGGCUUACGAUGGUCCUUUUGCUCUUCAGAAGCUUGGUAUUGCCAACGUGGUAGAGUUCCCAAUUGUACAUUCAACGUUAGGUGAUGGUAUAUAUGUUGACACUAUGUUGUCAUUAUCAUGGGAGUUGAUAAAGAAAGUAGUCGAAUUUUACUGGCAGGAUUAUGAAAUACUUGGAUACAAUAUUCCUAGUUUCGAGGUUUAA